CCACCAUCACUGAAAGCCCUGCGUGGAGUGGAGAAGGAAGAGGGGGAUUCACUGCCCGCAUAUGUUAAAGAGGAAGAGGAGGCUCCAGGUCCUUCAUAUGUCAAAGAAGAAGAGGAGGAGAUGGAUGUCAGCGAGUUGCCACUAACUGUGGUCGUUGUGAAGAAGGAAGACGAUAAAGAGGAGCCACUUGAGUCGUCAAAUCCUCUUCCGCAUCAUCAUCACAAUCCAAGUGGAGGCCCACCACCAAAUGACCACUCAGCUCCACUGUCAGGCAGCAAUAACGAAGAAAAUACAUGCGAUGAAGACUGUGAAGGCGAUGAGAAGCAGUUGAAAAACUCUGAAAAGAAGAAACAUCGUGGCAAGCGUAACAAAACGUUCAAGUGCUCCGUUUGUGCCAAUGUCUUCUUUCACAAGUGGAAUCUGAGCUCACACAUGAGAACACACACUGGUGACAAACCCUUUAGUUGCUCAGUUUGUGGUAAAUGUUUCCCACGAAAAGGAAACAUGCUUAGACACGUGCAAAUACACGCAAGUGAAAAACCUUGUCCGAAUUCAGUUAUACAAAAUACAAAUACAGAUGCGCAAAAGGUCUCCUUGACUGCACACACAGCAGCGCAAAAACCGUUUGCUUGCUCACUUUGCGGCGGAUGGUAUUCCCAUAAACGCAGUUGGAAAAUACACAUGCGGACGCACACUGGAGAGAAACGCUUUAGUUGCUCGGUUUGUGGUGAAUGGUAUUCUCACAAGAGUAGUUUGAAAGUCCACAUGUGGACACACACAGGAGAGAAAAACUUUAAUUGCUCAGAGUGUGGUGAAUGUUUUAUUUACAAGCACAAUUUGACAGCACACAUGGCGAAACACGCAGGGGAAGUAUUCAAUUGUUCAGUUUGUGGUAAAAGUUUUAGCUGCAAGCAAAAUAUGAACAUACACAUGAGGACACACACAGGAGAAAAACCGUUCAUAUGCUCUGUUUGUGCUAAAAGUUUUUCUUAUAAGUCUGCUUUAACCAUACACAUGAGAACCCACACAGGAGAAAAACCUUAUAGUUGCUCAAUUUGCGGUGAUGAAUUUGCUCAGAAGGUCACUUUGGUUGCACAUAUGGCAACACACACUGGAGAAAAACCUUUCACAUGCUCAGUUUGUGGUAAAAGCCUUUCUUAUAAACAUGGUUUGAAAUCACACAUGCGAACGCACACAGGAGAAAAGAAGUUUAGUUGCUCAGUAUGUUGCGACAGCUUCUCUUCCAAGCCCAGUUUGAAAAUACACAUGAGGAGACACACUGGAGAGAAACCUUUCACAUGCUCAAUUUGUCAUCGAAGCUUUUCUCACAAGAACACUUUGACAGCACACAUACGGACACACAGCAAAGAAUAGUUAUAUACAUGACAGUAGUAAUGUUAAUGUUUUCCUCGCGGGCCAUUUCAGUUCCUACAAAGGGCAAAUUGAAAAGUAGGUAAAAAUGUGAUUUAACAUUUGAGCAUCCAUCCAUUUUCUUCACCGCUUAUCUUCACAAGGGUCGCGGGGAGUGCUGGAGCCUAUCCCAGCUGUCAAUGGGCAGGAGACGGGGUACACCCCGAAAUGGUUGCCAGCCUAUCACAGGGCACAUAGAGACAAACAGCCGCACUCACAAUCACACCUAGGGGCAAUUUAGAGUGUACAAUUAAUGUUCCAUGUUUUUUGGGAUGUAGGAGGAAACCAGAGUGCCCGGAAAAAAACCCACGCAGGUACGGAGAGAACAUGCAAACUCCACACAGCCGGGUCUGGGAUUGAACCCUGGACCUCAGAACUGCGAGGCGAAUGCUUCACUGAUUCACCGUGCCACAACAUUUGAACAAAUGUUCAUUGUUAUAUGCAAUUUAUUGGGUACAAUGACAUAUGUUCUGUUGUUUGAGGAGUGGCCAGAAGGCCAUGCCACAUCUUGCGUGAUGAGUAUGAGGAGAUGUUGCUCUGUAUUGAUCUUCAUGCACAUUACUGACUGUUAAAUGAAUAAACGUUCAAAUUCUCAA